GGAGACAUAGCAAUAAGAAUAGUAAGAAGAGAGCCGAGUGUUCAGGUUACAGUAUGUGAUAUAAAUCAAAACAUGCUAAGUAGAGGACGUAAUAAAGCCAUAAACUCAAAUCAGCUUAAUUUUAAUUGGGUGUGUGCAAACGCAGAA